AUGAAAUCGUUUUAUCUCCAAAAGCCAACUUAAGUUAGAGGCAAUUCAGAACCCAAGAAACCAGAAAAGAUAUAAAAUAAUCUUAAAAUGUCGAUUUCCUAAAAGGUGCAUGAAAGCUAAACCAAAUGGAAUGGCCUCAUAGCUAAAACAGUCACCCUUGAAUAAAACUUAUUAAGACUACGUGAUUCAGUUAAUUAAACACUACGAGGUGGCAGCAAAGAAUCAACUUCAUCAAAAUCAACAGCAGAAUAAUUACACAAACCACCAACAUUAGUUAACAUGACUAGCAGAAUAGCAUCACCAAUGUUAAAAAAGGUUUCCCCCCAGGAUUGCAUGACAAUGUCAAGAACAUAGAAUUAUAAGACUGUUCAAUCUUGGUUUCCAAAGCAGAGGUUCCAAACAUUUGAGGGAAUUCCUCAAUUUAGGAUUGGCAAAUUGUUAGGAAGGGGACAAUUUUCAGAAGUUCAUUAGUGCAUCGACAAAUUGACUAGUACAAUAUAUGCUUUGAAGGUGAUCAAGAAAGAGAAGAUUUAGGAUGAAUAGUUAUAGAAACAAAUGAUCCAAGAAAUUAAAGUGCAAAUGGAACUUAAUCAUCCAAACAUAGUUAAGUUGUAUAAUUGUUACUCUGAUGAAUUCAAUUUGUACUUGUUAAUGGAAUAUUGCAAUGAUGGUGAACUCUUUAAAGUUCAAAGAAAGUAACCUGGAUUUAAGUUCCCAGAAAAUAAAGCAUCAUAUUAUAUAUACUAAAUUCUACAAUGCAUAUAAUAUAUGCAUUAAAACAAUGUUAUGCAUCGAGAUCUGAAGACAGAGAAUAUAAUGUUAUCAUUUAAUCAAAUAAAAAUUGGAGAUUUCGGUUGUGUUUGUUCAAACCAAGACAGAAGAGAAACCUUUUGUGGAACGAUUGAAUUCAUGGCACCUGAAGUAAUUUAAAUGAAAGGGUAUGAUUCCAGAGUGGAUGCAUGGCAAAUAGCUGUGCUUGCAUAUGAAUUAGUUUAUGGAUAAACUCCAUUUAUUCUAUUGGGCAAUAAAGAUCAGAGAGGCAUCAUGGAUAACAUAAUAAAACAUCGCUUAACAAUUCCUCAUACUUUUUCAGCUGAAUUAACCUUUUUUGUAAAAGGUGGUCUUCAAUCCGAUCCAAAUAAAAGAUUGACAAUCGAAUAAAUGCUUAAACAUCCUUGGAUAACAAAACAUCAACUACCGUAGUCUAAAUGUGAAUAUAACAUCUGA